AUCGCCAGUGCUUCGAAAGCUCGACACAGUGUCGAAACCUGAGUAUCGAGCGGCCCAUCACUAGUAUUAGGGCCACGGUGAAGACUUCCUCCGCCCACCACACUGGUGCGAGCAUUUAAAUAUCGCAGGUUCGUAGAAAUUGCGCAGGGCGUAAAGAGAAUAUUACGAGGUGUAGUCAUGAGCCUCUUUGAGGAUGAAAGGUUUGAAUUCUUGAAUAGGAGCAGUUUGGAAUCUUUGGAGUUCUGGUUGCAGACCACUGGUAUCUCUCUAACCCAAGUCAAUGGCCAAAGAAAAUACGGGGGGCCUCCACCUGGUUAUACUGGGAAGCCUCCCAUAUUUGGCUGCGAGGUUUUCGUUAGCCGAUUCCCAAGGGAUGUCUAUGAGGAUAAACUCCUACCACUCUUCCAGCAGGUGGGUAUCCUCUAUGAAUUCCGCCUCAUGAUGAAUUUCAGCGGACAGAACCGUGGAUUUGCCUAUGCUAAGUACACCACACCUGAAGCCGCAGAUGCUGCUGUGUUACUCUUGAACAAUUACCCGCUGACCAAAGAGUACCAGAUCAGCGUGGUCAAGAGCACAGAGAAACGACACCUCAAAUUGAUUGAUCUCCCUUGCAACAUGGAGGAGAAGAAGCUUCUCAACUUUCUCAGAUCCAUCUCUCCUGGGGUGGAGAAAUUGUAUCUAAAUGUGGCUCCCCAAGACAAUCUGAAGAAGACCGCUGUGGUGGAGUACGUGUCUCAUUAUGCCGCCUCCAUGGCCAAAAGAGUCCUGAGUGAAGGAUUUCUAAAGAGGUUUGAUAUUACAAUUUUUGUUAAAUGGAAGCGGCAGAAUAUCCAGACAGAGGUCAGUAAAGAUUCUUCAGACCUGGCUAAGAAUGAAACUACCAGUCGGCCAAAGUUGAAAAAGAAGCUGCCCCCUCAUGUCAUCAAUUGCCUGGAAAAUAAAUUAUGUCCAUCCUUGCCUUCAGAAUGUCCCGGGUCAGCGUCCACGAAAAAUGAGCCUGAUCAAGUGGCACUCCACCAGAAUCCAAAGCCGAUUGGCAUCGAUCCAGUUGCCUGUCUCCGAGAGCUCUGCUUUGCCUGUAACAUGAAAGCACCACUGUACUGCACCAAGUUGCAGUUUAUUAGUCCAGAUGGGUAUCAAUAUUUCAUGUUUCAGGUGUCAAUUCCUGGCCUCCUGUUCCCUUUCACUGGAACUGUGGCCGUCCUUCCUGGUUCCUUGGCAACAGUUCAGAAGGAGGUACAGGCAGCGGCUGCCACUUUCAUCCUCGGAGAGUUGGGCCGUCACAAAUGAGUGGCUUCCUUUUUCUUUUUUUUCUAAACACCCAAGUAAUUCAGAAGUUUUUACGUUUGGUUUAAUACUGUAUUAUCAAAGGAUAAGUUUUAUAUUUUUUUAACAAAAUGUUCCUUGUUUUAUAAAAAAAAAAAAAUAUGGAAACUAUUCAUGAUGGGCCAAGGGACUGAAGAAAUUAGCAUGUUCAGUUUUGUUGAAAAAUGAUGUUAUGUGGAGUAUGUAAUUGUGUUACCAGAAAUUGUGGUUGAAAACAAAUGUUGCACUUGGAUGAGGUUUUUUUUUUUUUUUGGUAAUGAAUAUGAAAAUUUAACCAUGAGCAUUCAAAGUAUGUUAUAUGUAUGUGUAUAUAUAAAAAGAAAUUGGAUUUUGUUUGGCACAAAUGACAGCACUGAAUUUGAGUUUUGUAAAACGAAGUAGA